AUGUCACUCGGACAAUUAUCAUUAUCAGUAGUUUCUGACCAAACGACUACUUCUCCAACAACUUCGCAAUUUUGUAGAGCUUUAAAUAAUCAAAAGGGAAUAGCAUUAAAUCAAAUUUCUCCGAAUAAAUGGAUAACAAAUAAUGAAAUACGAUACUCUUAUGGAUGGUUAGGAGGCAAAUGUCAAUCAAAAUCGAAUUUCCUAUUAAUUCAAGGAGAAAUGUUCCUGUAUGACGGAAGAGAGUUAGUCUCUGAUCUUAAUGUUGAGAAUUGUGCAAAUUCGCAAAGGAAAAUGCGUAACAGGCUCUGA